CACUUCCUCUCCCGGCACUCGGGUCCUGUCACUCGUGCGCCCUAAAAUCGCUUAAACCCUAAUGCUUAUUUAUUCCUCCGCCAGAGCUCCGUUGGUUUCCCUUUCGGUCUCUUCAGCUUCUCUGCCACCAUGGCGAAGCCGAAGCAUUACAGACCACCGGGUAAGAAGAAGGAAGGAGCUGCUGCACGGUAUAUGACCAGGUCGCAAGCUCUCAAGCACCUUCAAGUCAAUCUUAGCCUUUUCAGGAGACUGUGCAUUCUUAAAGGUGUUUUUCCCCGUGAGCCAAAAAAGAAGGUGAAGGGAAAUCAUCAUACUUAUUAUCAUGUGAAGGAUGUUGCAUUUAUUCAACAUGAUCCAUUACUUGAGAAGUUCAGAGAAAUAAGGGCAUAUCAAAAGAAGAUAAAUAAAGCCAAGGCAAAGAAGAAUGAGGAGCUAGCACACUUGUUACUUAGUCGUCAACCCAAUUAUAAGCUAGAUAGGCUCAUCAGAGAGAGGUAUCCUACGUUCGUUGAUGCCCUCAGAGACUUGGAUGAUUGUCUUACCAUGGUUCACCUUUUUGCGGUAUUGCCAGCCUUAGACAGGUUAAAAUUAGAUGUUAAGCGCGUCCAUAAUUGUCGAAGGUUGAGCCAUGAAUGGCAAGCAUACAUAUGUCGUACUCAUAAAUUGCGUAAAGUUUUUGUUUCUGUAAAAGGCAUAUAUUAUCAGGCUGAGAUAAAGGGUCAAAAAAUCACAUGGUUAACGCCUCAUGCACUACAGCAAGUUUUGACAGAUGAUGUUGACUUCAAUGUCAUGUUAAACUUCUUGGAAUUCUAUGAGACUCUUCUUGGCUUUGUCAAUUUUAAGCUCUAUCAUUCCUUAAAUGUGAAGUAUCCACCCAUUCUUGAUCCUCGAUUGGAAGCUUUGGCAGCAGAUCUUUAUGCACUGUCGAGAUACCUAAAUGCUAGCUCUAUGACCUCUAUGGUAGGAGCUCAAAAUGAUGCUUCAUCAGCAAUAGAGCAAGAUGAGGUCCAGAGAGAUGAGUCUGAAUUAAGACUUGCUCAGCUACAGCAUCAGCUGCCUUCGAAUGAACCUGGUUCAUUAAUGUCCCUUGUUGCAGAUGAGUCUGGUGAAGCUGAAGAAGAUGAUGAUACAAGGGAGUGUAAGAAAUUCUUUAAAAACAUGAAGUUCUUCUUGAGCCGUGAGGUCCCAAGAGAGUCUUUGCUCUUAGUUAUUCCUGCUUUUGGUGGUAUUGUUUCUUGGGAGGGAGAAGGGGCUCCAUUUAAGGAAGACGAUGAGAGCAUUACGUAUCAGAUUGUGGACAGACCAACACAGGGUCAUAAGUACCUUUCCAGAGAUUAUAUUCAGCCACAGUGGGUUUAUGAUUGUGUAAAUGCGCGGAUCAUAUUGCCAACUGCUGAAUACAUGGUUGGAAGUGUACCACCACCACACUUGUCACCUUUUGUCAAUAAUGAGGCAGAAGGUUAUGUCCCUGAGUACGCAGAAACUAUAAAACGGUUGCAAGCUGCUGCGAAAAAUGAAGUCCUUCCGCUGCCUGGUUUUGGAAAGGAAGAUUUGGAGGAUCCUCAAAACUUGUUAGCAGAAGGUUACAUGAGUCGGGCAGAGACAAUUGAAGUUGCUGAGAAGAAACAGAAGUUGAAGGCUCUUGAGAACCAGUACCUCGAUGAACUGAAGUCAGAACUCCAAGGUGUUAAUCCUUCAUCCUCGCAUGAAAAACAGCUCUCCGGUGGUGAUGCUGAUGCUAGGGAAGAGUCUGCCCCUGAUAUGGAGCAAAUAGCUGAGGAUGCAGCAAAUAUUUCUACUGUUAUAAUGUCACGUAAAAAGAGGAAGCUUUAUGAAGCCAUGAAGAUUGGACAAAAGCGGAAGAAGGAUCAUGUUAAUCUUCUCAAGGAGCGGAAGAAAAAAGUGGAAGCUAAUAAAUCGAAGAACAAAUAAAGCUCGUUUGUGUGGAAGGUCAGAAAUCAGAGUACAAUUCGUCUCUGUUUAAUAGAAGAAAAUAAAUUGUGCUUUGAGCUUUUUAUUUUCUUCUUUUUUGUUUUCUAAUAUUCUUUUUAAACAAGAAGAGUUUGAGUGGAAAGAUUGAAAGUAGUUUUGUAAAAAAGCAAAAAUGAAUAUAUUAACUUUUAGUUUUUAAGUAAUACUUCAACGAUACUUGGUUUAUGUAAUUUAUUUAUAUCUCUGGAUUCAAAUCGAAUUCUGCA